AAAACAUAUAAUUAAUAACAAUAACUAAACGCUUUGAGUUCCAAGCUCGCACAGUGGAACAAAAGCGCACAACAACGCACAAAAAGUGAUUGAAACGUUUUACGAGAGAAAGGGGAAUUUAGAAUAGCUAGCUAGAAUGCCACGCCCACUGAUGUUGCCCCUCGCACUGCGCGCCCUGCUGCAGCUGUUGCUCUUCAGCAGCAUUGUGCAGCAGCAUUGCUGCACAGCGUUGCCGAGCCUUGCUCCGCCAGCAGCAGCAUUUGGUGGCAACAAUGGCAGCAGCAGCAGCAGGACCACCACCAGCACCAGCAUAACAACAACGAUUAGCACCACAGCUGAGCUGCUGGCCAGCACAACGGAGCGGAAUAUGCUGGAACUAGUCAAUGCGGAGGCAGCUGAGGCAGCUGAGGCAUCAGCUGAUUCCGGCUGGGAAACACAUGAGACUGAAUUUAAGUUAGCCACGCACAUGCCCACCGGAUCCGGAUCUGGAACACAGUCUGCACCCACACCACCCACAUCCAUCGAGCAACAGGAUCAGCCAGCUGCAAUUCCCGCCACAACAUUGGCCUUUGCCAAUGCCGUUGCCGUUGCCGGCGAUACAAUGGACACAACGGGCGAAGCCACGCCCCCCUAUGCCGCUGUCGAUGAUGAUUAUGUGCCAAGCAAACCUCAGAAUCUCACUGUGCUGGAUGUGUCCGCGAAUAGCAUUACAAUGUCCUGGCAUCCGCCAAAGAAUCAAAAUGGUGCCAUUGCCGGUUACCAUGUCUUUCACAUACACGACAAUCAAACGGGUGUCGAAAUCGUUAAGAACUCCCGCAACUCCCCAGAAACUCUGAUACACUUCGAACUCCAAAGUCUGAAACCCUUUACUGACUAUCGUGUCAUUGUCAAAGCGUUUACAACAAAGAACGAGGGCGAACCGUCCGAUCAGAUUGCCCAGCGUACGGAUGUGGGCGGUGCCAGUAAUCCGACCAUUUUAAAUCUGACGUGUCAUUCGCAGGAAUCGAUUACGAUACGUUGGAAGCGACCCCACGAAUAUUACAACACCAUUGACUUUUACGUUGUGAAAACACGAUUGGCCGGCCAGGAUACGCACCGUGACAUACGCAUCAAUGCAUCCGCCAAGGAGCUGGAAACAGCGAUGGUUUUGCCAAAUCUGACAACGAAUUCCUACUACGAAGUCAAAGUGGCAGCGGCAUCGUUCAGCGUUAUAAAUCCCAAGAAAAUUGUGUUGGGCAAGUUUUCGGAUUCGAGAAUUAUACAGUUGCAGCCGAACUGUGAGAAGUUGCAACCGUUGCUGCGUCAAUCGCAUAACGACUACAACUUGGCCGUAUUGGUUGGCAUCAUCUUCAGCUGCUUUGGCAUCGUGCUGAUUGUCAUGGCUUUCUUCCUCUGGAGCAGAAAGUGCUUCCAUGCCGCUUAUUACUAUCUGGACGAUCCGCCACAUCAUCCGAAUGCGCCCCAGGUCGAUUGGGAGGUGCCCGUCAAGAUUGGCGAUGAGAUCCGUGCCGCGGUGCCUGUGAACGAGUUUGCCAAACAUGUGGCAUCGUUGCAUGCCGAUGGCGAUAUUGGAUUCAGUCGCGAAUACGAAGCGAUCCAGAACGAGUGCAUCAGCGAUGAUCUCGCCUGCGAACACUCCCAGCAUCCCGAGAACAAGCGCAAGAAUCGAUAUCUCAAUAUAACCGCAUACGAUCACAGUCGCGUUCAUUUGCAUCCGACGCCCGGUCAGAAGAAGAAUCUGGACUAUAUCAAUGCGAACUUCAUCGAUGGCUAUCAGAAGUCGCAUGCGUUCAUUGGCACCCAGGGACCGUUGCCGGACACCUUCGAUUGCUUCUGGCGCAUGAUUUGGGAGCAGCGAGUCGCAAUCAUUGUGAUGAUCACCAAUCUUGUGGAGCGUGGCAGGCGCAAAUGCGAUAUGUAUUGGCCCAAGGAUGGCAUUGAGACGUACGGCGUCAUACAGGUCAAGCUCGUCGAGGAGGAGGUCAUGUCCACAUACACAGUGCGCACCCUGCAAAUCAAGCACCUCAAACUGAAAAAGAAGAAGCAGUGCAAUAUGGAGAAAAUUGUGUACCAAUAUCACUAUACCAAUUGGCCGGAUCAUGGCACACCGGAUCAUCCUUUGCCCGUGUUGAACUUCAUCAAGAAAUCCUCCGCUGCCAAUCCCGCCGAGGCUGGACCCAUUGUUGUGCACUGCAGCGCUGGCGUCGGUCGCACUGGCACCUAUAUCGUUCUGGACGCGAUGCUCAAGCAGAUUCAGCAAAAAUCGAUUGUCAACGUUUUUGGCUUCUUGCGUCACAUUCGAGCCCAGCGCAAUUUCCUCGUCCAGACGGAGGAGCAAUACAUAUUCCUGCAUGAUGCACUCGUCGAGGCAAUUGCCUCGGGCGAGACCAAUUUGCCGGCUGAGCAAAUCGAGGAGCUAAAGAAUUGCACUCCGUAUUUGGAGCAGCAGUACAAGAAUAUCAUCCAGUUCCAGACAAAGGACAUACACAUUGCAUCCGCCAUGAAGCAGGUGAAUUCGAUCAAGAAUCGUGGCGCCAUUUUUCCCAUUGAGGGCAGUCGUGUCCAUUUGACGCCCAAGCCGGGCGAGGAUGGCAGCGAUUACAUAAAUGCAUCCUGGCUGCAUGGAUUCCGGCGCUUGCGCGAUUUCAUUGUCACCCAGCAUCCGAUGACGCACACCAUCAAGGAUUUCUGGCAAAUGGUCUGGGAUCAUAAUGCGCAAACAGUUGUGCUUCUCUCCUCACUGGAUGACAUCAAUUUUGCCCAAUUCUGGCCGGACGAGGCCACGCCCAUCGAGAGCGAUUAUUAUCGCGUCAAAUACUUGAACAAGACGAACAAGAGCGAUUAUGUGAGUCGCGAUUUUGUCAUCCAGUCCAUUCAGGAUGACUACGAGCUGAGCGUCAAGAUGCUGCACUGCCCCAGCUGGCCAGAGAUGUCCAAUCCGAACAGCAUCUAUGACUUCAUUGUUGAUGUCCACGAGCGCUGCAAUGAUUAUCGCAAUGGACCCAUUGUCGUUGUUGACAGAUAUGGGGGAGCACAGGCGUGCACCUUCUGCGCCAUCUCAUCGCUGUCGAUUGAGAUGGAGUACUGCAAUACGGCGAACGUGUAUCAGUAUGCGAAGCUGUAUCAUAACAAGCGUCCGGGUGUGUGGACCUCCAGCGAGGAUAUACGUCUCAUCUAUAAUAUUCUGUCCUAUUUGCCCGGCAAUCUGAGUUUACUGAAGCGCACGGCGCUCCGUACCGAAUUCGAGGAUGUGACAACGGCCACGCCGGAUCUCUAUAGCAAAAUUUGCAGCAACGGUAAUGUUACACUCCAACAACAUCAACAACAACAACAACAGCAGCAGCUGUUGCUGCAACAACAGCAUCUGCUGCAGCUGCAAAUGCAACAUGAAACACAACAACAACUACAACAGCUACAGCUACAACAGCAACAACAACAACAACAGCAACAGCAGCUACAGCAGCAGCAGCAGCAGCAAACACAGCAAACAAAUCUCAUUAGUCAUAGUCAUCAUCAAACAGAAGCAGCUGUUGCAACAGACACAGACACAGAAACAGAAACAGCAAAUACUAAUUCUUCCUUAUUACCCAUCUCAUCAUUGUUACCACCCACAGUUGCCUCAUUGUCCAUCACACCCACACCAACACCAACACCAACAGCAACAGCAUCAACAUCAAUGUCCAACAACAGCAAUGACAUGCCCAACAAUCAUACAACACCCACAACAACAACAACAACAAUCCCAACACCACCAAUUACACCAACAACAGCUGCAACAGUUGCAACAGCUGCAACAACAACAACAACAACAUCAACACCCAUAAAUGAUUUAACCCAUACUAAUGUCAAUUUUACCACUGUUACUAACAAUGCUGCCGAUGUUGCUGACGAACUCAACUUGCAACAACAACAACAAAUGCUCGCACUGAUGCAACAACAAACGCAACUGCAACAACAAUACAACACGCAUCAACAACAAUCGAAUGAUGCCAAUUGCCUGCUGCCCCCAAAUGUUGACGAAUUGCACAAUCCACCAACAACAACACCAACAACAUUGAACAACAACAACAACAUUAACAAUCUGCAACAACCAGCAGUCACAGAUGCUCAAAACUUAGAUAUUGUAGCCUAGACUUAAACUGAAGAGCAUAUGAAUCAUUUUAUAAAUGCUAAAA